AUGGUGAAUCGCAUAAUGUGUGUGGCUAUUUGCUAGGUGAGUACUCGCUACUAAUCUGGUAAUGUUUGCACUGCAGCAUCUCUCAUGUUGGCAUGAGAACUGUUUUAUACCUGCAGUCACGGGCCCAUAUCAAUUGGUUGCCGGUUUUGGUCUCUUUGUGUGUAAGUACAUGCAAAAUUUGGAACAUGCAGUAUGCGGUGAUAAGCAUUAGAAUAUGCUGCAAAUGGACGAAUGAAUGUUCCUCCGGUAAAAGAUAGUGCUUGGACAAUUGUGGUUAAACUCCUCCAUAUGGCUUAAAGAUGCUUGUUAUAACCUCAUAUGCAAAUUACAGUUUUAUUGUGUUGCUAAGAAAAAGAAUGUCCCUGCAGUUUGUUCCUGUGUAGAUCCAUUGGAUCAACACUUCAUCAAAUUGGAAGUUGAAUUGGUGUCAUAUUCCCUACAUGUUAAGAUCUAUUUAUGUAUUCUAAUUAAGCUUUAUCGUAACUUGAAAUUAGCAAACAUGUCUCAGUGUGAAAGCUAAACUAAAUGGUUGCAACAUGUCUUGGAUUCUUCAUGUAUGCAGAAUGCGGAAGCUUAAAUUGGUCAUAAGUGUCUCUUUUCUUUAGAACCUCUUGGGUGGUAUGUUAGUUUUGUUGGAAAAAAUUGUACAUAAAAAAAUGCCAAUUGUUUCCUGCGAUCUUCUUCAUGUACUGUCUUGUACAAGCAUUGUAUAUCACCUCUCUUGUGUUAUUGUGACCCAUGAUUAGGGGCAGGGGUGAGCAGGGGCAAGCCGCCCUGGGUCUCCUGAUGCUAAUAAGGGUACCACCCCCCUCCCUCUACUAAAAUUGGUUUGGUUUUUAACUCGGGGAGUAGCCGGGGUCUCCUUACAUAGAUUGAGAGACCCCUGAAUUAAUCUGAUCCAUACGGGAUAGAAACUCUAUCUUUGGAAAUUUUAAUAGAAAGGCAGGGAGGCAGUGCGACCCUAGCUGUGCUGCCGACUGGCCUGGCGCUACAUAGCGGUGGUCCCACAGCUUAUACUGCUGCCCCCACAUGACAUGUGUCCAUGCGACCGAACUAUAAUUUUGCUUCCUGGUUCCCGUGUCAUGUUAGUAUAAUAUUUUGUUCAGGAUGUACCUAAAGAUCACUAUGAAGAACUGGAAAGACCAGGGGCGAUUGUAUCUAAUCAUGUGUCAUAUGUGGACAUUCUUUAUCAUAUGUCAGCUUCUUCUCCGAGUUUUGUUGCUAAGAACUCAGUGUCCAAGUUGCCGUUGAUUGGUCUCAUAAGCAAAUGUCUUGGGUGCAUUUUUGUUCAACGAGAAUCCAAAUGUUCAGAUUCUAAAGGUGUCUCAGGCGCUGUAACUGAAAGGCUCCAUGAGGUUUCACAAGACGAGAAUUCCCCUAUGAUCUUACUCUUUCCUGGUACAAAUCUGAGGAUACAUGAAUUGGGGGGAAAAGAAGGAAGAAGAACAGCAGCCGCCGCCGCCGAGGGUACUACUACGAAUGGGGAUUACCUUCUCCCAUUUAAGACAGGAGCCUUUCUUGCAAGGGCACCAUUGCAACCUGUAAUUUUGAGAUAUCCUUACAGGAGAUUUAGUCCAGCCUGGGACUCCAUGGAUGGGGCACGUCAUGUGUUUUUGCUCCUCUGUCAAUUUGCAAAUUACAUAGAGGUGGUUCGCUUGCCUGUAUACUAUCCUUCUGAGCAAGAAAAGCAGGAUCCUAGAGUCUAUGCCAACAACGUCAGAAAAUUGCUUGCGACUGAGGGUAAUUUAGUUCUGUCUAAUCUUGGGCUGGCUGAAAAGCGUGUGUAUCAUGCGGCACUUAAUGGUAAUAGUCCUCGUGCUCUGCAUCAGAAAGAUGAUUGAAAGCCCUUGCAUCACUCUCUGUACACUAUCUGUUGAGGACUGUUGUGUCAAAGCUAAUUCGGAUACACAUGAUGAUAGUUUUACCUUUUGUCUUUGUACAUCGUGAAUUAAAUUUCUCAGUGAGGUCAGACACCAUGUACAUGUGUGCGCCUUUGAAACAAACCUGAGUUAGGUCUUUGGGCCAGAAGAAAUAGAGAUAGACGGGUAAAAGUUGAAAACUAACCUCUGUUUAUUUGAUUCGGCAUGUGAUUUGUUUCAUAUCCACUAAUGCGGCGUCCUAAUUGAACUUCUGCCAGUGUGUAUCAAAUAUUAGUCCUAAAUGGGAACUUCUGCCACUGUGUAUCAGAUACUAGGCCUAAUCGAACUUCUGCUUAGCUCAGUUGGUUAUUCUUUUGAUAUUAUUGUUCUAUUUACAAUAGAAGUCCCUCGUCAAUGGAAAACAUUUAGCGAA